UUCGGCCAUUUUAUUUUACACCUCUUUGUCAGGAAAGAGUUUAAAUUCAAUUUAUUUUCGGUAUAGAAUGACUUUAUUUCAUUUUGGAAACUGUGUGGCUUUAGCGUACUUUCCUUAUUUUAUUGUCUACAAGUGUUCCGGACUGUCAGAGUACAGUGCAUUCUGGAGAUGUGUGAAGGCAGGGGCUGCAUAUCUCGUAACACAACUUUGUAAGAUGUUGGUACUAGCAACUUUCUUUCCCACAUCAGAUGUUUCUGCAGGUCAUAUGGACUUCAUAGGGGAAUUUCUUAGAUCCACCGUAGACUUUGCAGACCUUGUAGGCCUUCAUUUAGUUAUGACUAAAGUUGCUGGCAAAGGUGAAUUGAAGGUUUUGGUGGCUGGUGUUGGUUGGGCGACAGCUGAGCUUGUGAUGACUCGUCUUGUCCCCCUGUGGGUCGGUGCCAGAGGGGUUGAAUUUGACUGGAAAUACAUACAAAUGAGUUUUGAUGCUAAUGUCAGCUUGAUUCAGCAUAUAUCUACAGCAACUCUUGUUUGGUUAUGGAGUAGGACAGAUCUGCAGAAAUCGUUCCUACCAAUAGUUAUGGUUUUCAUGUCUCUAACAUGCUACAGGCCUCUCCUUAUUGAUGUUUUGAGCCAUGUUUUGGGAAUUCAAUCCUGGAGCCUGCUGCUGUUAAAAACAACUUUUACCUCCUGCAUUGGAAUUGUUGCACUUCAGCUGUACCUGACCCUAACUGCUGGGAAACAGAUCAGGACUUAAAGAGAUACUAAUUACUGAAAAUAAAUAAAUAUCUACCAUGUCGUGAAAUAAAUACCUGUUCUUCAACCCUGCAAAAAUAACCCAAUUGUGGAAUGGUCUUAAAUUUUUGUUUCGCAAGCACAAUCAAGUUCUUUGAUAAAUUCCAGAAAGGCCAUAGAUUUAAACUUUAAUCAGUCGUUCUCCUUUGGCAAAGACAUCACUCCUCUUGGUGAUCUGUUUGAUCUUUUUGUAUUAUUAUUUAUUAGUAACAGAUGAGAAUAAGACCACCUUUAGUUACUUUAUACCUCACAGAGGAGUAUUUCCAUGAUUUUAGUUUGAACAUGUCUGGCGAACCAAAAACUGUGACAAACUCAAAAUGAAAUAAAAUGUGAAUUACUAGAAGUAAAUAUUUAAUGCUAUUAAAGCUCUAGAAAAUUUCCUUCCAGAAAUGUACAGUCACAAGUUUUACUGUCGAGGAUUGUAAGGUCGCCAAAAGUUUAGGAGUUUUAUUCAGCUUUUUAAACACUUUACACAGUAAGCUCAAUAUACAUCUUCUCCACACUGUUCACUAUAUAUUUCUAAUGGCACUGACAAGGAGAAUUUGUUUGACAAUCAAAGGAUUCUUUAGUUGAUGAUCACUUCCUUAUUUCUCAUGGAUUUUGUGUUUGGUUCAGCAGCAAUAUUGUGAGGAGAAAUUAGAUGUUAGUCACUCUUAGGGUUAAAAAUAUAAUUCAGCUUUUACUUGUCCUAAGGUACUCUGUUUAAUUAAAGAGUUACUGUGUCUGUUUGUUAUUUUUUGUUGAAACACCAAGGUCUGCUUAACACCAAAAUGCAUCUAAUAUCAAAUUUGUAUCAGAACUGUGAAUUCGGUUUCUUUAAUUAGGUCAAUUAUAGGUGUGAUACUUGGUGUUCUUAAAAUAUUCUUUUCUUGUUUCUCUUGUGGAAACUGGAUAUUGCUUAUUCCUUUAAAAUUGAUUCUACCACAGAACUCCAUUUUGUUUUUUUUGUUAGUAUUAAAGUACUAUCAUGACUAUCCCAGCUCAGGCACAUGACAUCUUGAAUUUUAGUAACUUUUAUCCCCUCUUCAGAACUCUUUGGACAUCUUCACUGAUGUGAAAAAAGGAAACAUCUUUACCUUCUUUCUUUCUCAGUCUUUCAACUGUUAAACUUUUGUCUCAUGUGGUUGAUAACUGAAGAAGCUGUACAGCAGUACAUAAUCUUUUCACUUUGUCAGGCAUUGUAGCACAUUUUGUGUGCUAAAGUGGAGAUUCAUUAGAGCAAAAAUGCUCAUAGGAUUAUUCUGACUGUGUUAUUGUCAUUUUUUUUUUCCAGUUUUUAUUUUAUUAGUGCCCUCCAAACUGAUAUUAACAGUAAUAAAGUUUAUGUUGUUUGGCAUAUAA